AUGGAGAGCGUCAGCCUCCAGCGACCCGCCUGGAAAUGGCAAGUACUGAGUUUGUUUUCGCUCUGCGGAUGGGGCUGGGUCUCCGGGCAGAUCCGCUACUCGGUGCUUGAGGAGUCGGAGGUGGGAACCGUGGUGGGAAACGUGGCCCGGGACCUGGGCUUGAAAGUGGAGGAGCUGCCGGGUCGCAGGCUGCGCCUGGGCUCGGAGGAGAGCCUGCGCCGCUUCGCCGUGCGCCUGGACAGCGGGGAGCUGCUCGUGAAGCAGCAGCUGGACCGGGAGCGCCUGUGCGGAGCGGCUGCCAGCUGCGUGCUGUCGGUGCAGGUGGUGGCAGAGAACCCCCUGCAGCUCUUCCGCCUGGAAGUGGAGAUCCUGGAUCUGAAUGACAACUCUCCGAGCUUCCCCUCCGCUCACCGCACCCUGCGCGUGGCCGAGUCUGCUGCCACAGCCACGCGUUUCCCCCUGGAGAGCGCGCAGGACCCCGACGUGGGCACCAACGCGGUGGGCUCCUACCGCCUCAGCCCCAACCCCUACUUCUCCCUGGACGUCAAGCAACAGCAGGAUGGCAAACUCUUCCCGGAGCUGGUGCUGGAGCGUGCCCUGGACCGGGAAGAGCAGCCAGAACUGCAGCUGGUGCUGACGGCCACGGACGGGGGGAGCCCAGCCCGCUCGGGCACGGCACAGAUCACGGUCCUGGUCCUGGAUGUCAAUGACAACGCUCCCACCUUUGACCGUGCCACCUACAAGGUGCAAGUGCCUGAAAACACACCCGUGGGUGCCCUGCUCCUCCGCCUCAAUGCGUCUGACCCCGACGAGGGCCCCAAUGGGGAGACGCAGUACUCCUUCGGGGUCCACACCUCCGACUCGGUGCGCAGGCUCUUUGCCCUGGAUCCCCGCAGCGGUGAGGUCCGGGUGAGCGGGGCCCUGGACUUCGAGGAAUCACCUUUCUAUGAGAUCUACGUGCGAGCCCACGACGGAGGGGUCCCGGAAAUGGAGGGUCGCUGCGUGCUGCAGGUGGAAGUGCAGGAUGCCAAUGACAACCCUCCAGAGGUGCUGCUCACCUCCUUGCUAAACCCGGUGCCAGAAGACACCCCACCAGAGACUGUCGUGGGGCUCUUCAAUGCACGGGACCGGGACUCAGGAGCCAACGGGGAUGUGAGCCUAGAGAUCACCCCCAACGUGCCUUUUGCCAUCAGGUCCCUUCAGAACCACUUCUCCCUGGUCACCCGGAGCAGCCUGGACCGAGAGACCACCUCACAGUAUGUAGUGGAGCUGAUUGCCCGGGAUGGUGGGUCUCCUGCCCUCACCACAACACUCACGCUGCUCCUCAACAUAUCUGACGUGAAUGACAACCCACCACGCUUCUUGCAGCCCUCCUACGAUGCAUUCCUCAUGGAGAACAACCCGCCUGGCUCCCUGCUGUGCACUCUCUCUGCCUCUGACCCUGAUGAUGGGGACAAUUCCCGGCUUGUGUACUCCAUAGAGAGUGGCCAAGUGCAGGGUACCCCUACCUCUUCCUUUGUCCACAUCAACCCUGACAACGGCAACCUCUACGCUCAGCGCACCUUCGACUUUGAGCUGCUGCAGGUUCUGCCGGUCUCUGUGGCCGUGCGGGACUCAGGAUCCCCCCCACUCUGUGCCAAUGUUACUGUCUACAUCUUUGUGCUGGACCAGAAUGACCAUCCCCCCACCAUCCUGCACCCUGCCAGUGACAGCGACAUCCCACCACUCCAGAGGCUCCCGCUGUCUGCCCCGCCGGGCUACCUGGUGACCAAGGUGACAGCAGUGGACGCAGAUGCCGGGCACAAUGCCUGGCUCUCCUACCGACUGCUGCCUGAGUCCACUGACCCCUCCUUGUUCCGGGUGUCACAGUACACCGGGGAGGUGAGGACAGCACGUGCCCUCAAGGACACCGACGUGGCAGCACAGCAGCUUAUUGUCCAGGUGAUGGACAAUGGGGACCCACCGCUCUCCACCACUGUCAUCAUCAGCGUGGCCCUGGAGGAGGUGGCCCUGGAGGAGAGCUACAAGCCUCGGGAUUUCCUGGCUGGUGCCAAGGAGAAGCCAGACCUGACUUUCUACCUGAUCAUCGCCCUGGCAGCCGUUAGCACCAUGGCCCUCGCCACCAUCACCCUCCUGGCUGCCCGGUGCCUCCGGCGCAGAGGCCGUGCCGGCCCUUCGCCCUGGUGCUGCUGCUGGCUCAGCGAGUCGCCCUCCCGGGACGUCUUCAAACACUCCAGCCCAAAGCUCCAGCUCAGCUCCGACGGCACCCUGAAGUACAUGGAGGUCACCCUGCGACCCACCGACUCCCAGUCCCAGUGCUACGGCACCUGCUUCUCCCAAGGCUCCGACCGGAGCGACUUCACCUUCCUGCGCCCUUGCCCGCCCCCCGCGACCCUACCAAGGGAAACCGGGGCUUUCCUCCCCGCUACCGCUACGCUGCGGGACCUGGGACAGGUGAGAGUUUAG